AGGUGAUCAGAAACUCCUCCCUCUUAAAACACUCACCAGGAAGAGACUCAUUAUUUCUCCUUUCUGUCGUUCUCUCUUCUGUCUUUACUAAAGAAAACAAAGAAUCGGUGAAGAACAAAGAGAAACACUUUAAGGAUUUUUGGGAUGUUUGUUUAUGAACAGACAGCAGAUCUUUGUGAUUCAUUUUUGAAACCGUCGUUCAGAAAGUGAAAGUAAAGUUUUGACUGCUGGAGCUCAAACUGUGAAAAUGGAUUCACUAUCUGUAGAAGAGCUUUCUUGUCCCGUGUGCUUUGAAAUCUUCAAGAAUCCUGUUUUUCUGUCAUGUAGUCACAGUGUCUGUAAAGAGUGUCUUCAACAGUUCUGGAGAACCAAGAAAACUCAGGAGUGUCCUGUCUGCAGAAGAAGAUCCUCAAAACCUGACCCUCCUCCUAAUCUCGCGUUAAAAAACUUGUGUGAGUCGUUCCUGAAGAGAAAUGAGAGUCGUUCAUCAGGAUCUGAGGAGAUCUGCAGUUUACACAGUAAGAAACUCAAACUCUUCUGCCUGGAGGACGAACAGCCGCUGUGUUUAGUGUGUGUUAAUUCACAAAAACAUGUCAAUCACACAGUCAGACCAAUCGAUGAAGUUGUUCCAUCAUAUAAGGAGGAGCUCAAUACAGCACUGAAAUCAUUACAGGAGAAACUAAAACAUAAUGAAAAAAUGAAAGGAGAGUUUGAGAAAACAGUUCAACACAUCAAGUCUCAAGCUGAGCACACAGAGCGUCAGACUAAACAGCAGUUUGAGAAGCUUCAUCAGUUUCUCAGAGAUGAAGAAGAAGCUACAAUCACUGCACUGAGGGAGGAAGAGGAGCAGAAGAAGCAGAUGAUGAAGGAGAAGCUGGAGGAGAUCAACAGACACAUCUCAGCUCUUUCACACACAAUCAAAGACACGGAGGAGAUGAUGAAAGCCAGUGAUGUCUGCUUUCUAAAGGAGUUUCCAGUCUCAAUGGAAAGAGUCCAGAUCUCACAGCCGGAUCCACAGACGCCUUCUGGAGCUUUGAUUCAUGUGCCACGUUACUUGGGCAACCUGCCGUUCAGAGUCUGGAAGAAGAUGCAGGACAUCGUCCAGAACACUCCUGUGAUUCUGGAUCCAAACACUGCAAAUCCAUGUCUCGUUGUGUCUGAUGAUCUGACCACCUUGCGUAUGAUUUCAAUCUAUCAACCUGUUCCUGAUAAUCCAGAGAGAUUUGACCAUUAUUACUGUGUUUUGGGUUCAGAUGGUUUUAACUCAGGAACACACUGCUGGGAUGUGGAGGUUAAACAGAGUUCAGUCUGGAGUCUUGGAGUAACUACAGCAUUAAACCCGAGGAAGGGACGUGAUUUCUUCAACACUGACAUCUGGAGUGUGUGGUAUCAUCAAUACGGAUGGUUUCUUGGUUCUGGUUUUCAUGUUAAACAGCAUCUUGAUCGUGUGAGAGUGAAUCUGGACUAUGACAGAGGAACGGUGUCAUUCUCUGAUCCUGUAACUAACACACAUCUACACACAUUCACAACCACCUUCACUCACACACUCACACCAUUCUUCUGUAAUUAUCAUUCUUAUCCUCUGAGGAUCUUAGCGAUCAAUAGUCAGUAAUGGUUACUCCUGUAGGUCUGGAUCUUCCUGCUUUCAUCUUUUUUCAUGAUUCAAUAUUUAAUCACAUGAGUAAGAGACUGUUGAUCUGAAUAUCAGAUCAGAAAACAAUUAAAUAUAUUUAUCUGUAAAAAUGAAAAAAUGUUCAAAACACAUGAAGGGUUAAAAUAAAUCAUGUGAAUUAUAUCUGACCAAUGAGAAACAAUGAUGUGUCAUGAAUCCCUGCCCAUAACACCCUAGCAACGACACAGCAAGUGCCUAGCAACCACUCAGAUCACCCUAGCAACAAUUCAGAG